CAUGUCUGCUCCGUCUUUCCCCAUCCUCCGUCUUCCAUCGAAGGCCCUUCAUGCUACUCUACAAACUUUUGAUUUUGUGGAUUUAAUGAGUUUCUCCCUGAUCUCACCAACAUCCGUAAGACCUCUGAACACCGGAGCAGCAUCUGUGUACGUGAUUCUGGACAAUGUUAUAACUAUAGUUGCCGGUUUUGUCAUUUUUUAUUUGAAUCCUCCAUCGGAUCAAAUUGACAGGAUCAAGGUCUUUCCACAGUGUAGAUGGCUUAAUGAAAGCUUCUCGGUGAAAAAGUGCGUUGAGAAUUUGUUGGUCGCCUUGGAUCUUCAGGAAGUUGAAAAGUUGGUUAUUUCCAAGGAGCAUGUUGACUGCGACGAACUGAAGGGAUUCAAAUUCAAAAUGAUUACGAUGAACGUGAAAAACCUAAAGAUGUUCGAUCUGUACUACCGGGACGCCAAGGAAAUCAGUAUUGCCGAUAGAGCUAUCUUCGGCGAGCAGUCCAGGGCUCUGUUCUCAGAGAACUUGGACUGCCUGGAGUUUCUCGCAGAAUGUGUCAUUGGACUUGACGAUAUAAUAGCCAGCAAUGCUAUCAAAACCAACAUUGCUCGCCCAUUCUCCUUUUCCAAUUUGAAUCUGUUUCUGAGACAUUUCAUCAACGGGUCAAAUCCGAGCUUAAAGGAAAUGAAUAUUGCUAUGGAAGAGGGAACUUUUGAGAACUACGAAAAAGUUUUGCUAAACGGUAUCAACUACCGGACGUCUAACUUUUCCAGAAUUUAUGCAGAUGGCAGUUCGAGCAAUGGUUUGGAGUUUCAACAAAACGAUAGAACCAACGUGAUAGUAUUUGUGGAUCCAAUACGUCGCUGGUUCUAUUUAACAACAUACUCAUUCAGUCAUCAUUGCAGUUGUACUUAAUUUGAGUAGUUAUUUCUAUGUAUCGUUUUCAUUUUUUUCUAAUUGUAUUCAUGAACAAAUCUUCGCAUAAAUAUUGAGUUU